UCAGUCGGCGCGGCUGGCUAGUGCGCGGCGUGGAGCGCGAGCCGGGGCAGGACGCGCGGCCGGGGGCCGGGGGCUGGGAGAUCGGCGCCCGCCACCGGGCGAGGCCUGAGCCGCGAUGGCAGAGAUGGGCAGCAAGGGGGUGACGGCAGGGAAGAUCGCCAGUAACGUGCAGAAGAAGCUCACUCGCGCGCAGGAGAAGGUCCUCCAGAAGCUGGGGAAGGCGGAUGAGACAAAGGAUGAGCAGUUUGAACAGUGUGUCCAGAAUUUCAACAAGCAGCUGACCGAGGGCACUCGGCUGCAGAAGGAUCUUCGGACCUACCUGGCCUCGGUCAAAGCCAUGCAUGAGGCCUCCAAGAAGCUGAAUGAGUGUCUGCAGGAGGUGUACGAGCCCGACUGGCCUGGCAGGGACGACGCGAACAAGAUCGCCGAGAACAAUGACCUGCUCUGGAUGGAUUUCCACCAGAAGCUGGUGGACCAGGCGCUGCUCACCAUGGACACGUACCUGGGCCAGUUCCCUGACAUCAAGUCACGCAUCGCCAAGCGAGGGCGGAAGCUGGUGGACUACGACAGUGCCCGGCACCAUUUUGAGUCCCUCCAAACCGCCAAAAAGAAGGAUGAAGUGAAAAUUGCCAAGCCUGUCUCGCUGCUUGAGAAAGCCGCCCCCCAGUGGUGCCAAGGCAAACUGCAGGCUCAUCUCGUAGCUCAAACUAACCUGCUCCGAAAUCAGGCUGAGGAGGAGCUCAUCAAAGCCCAGAAGGUGUUUGAGGAGAUGAAUGUGGAUCUGCAGGAGGAGCUGCCGUCCCUGUGGAACAGCCGUGUAGGUUUCUAUGUCAACACGUUUCAGAGCAUUGCGGGCCUGGAGGAGAACUUCCACAAGGAGAUGAGUAAGCUCAACCAGAACCUCAACGACGUGCUGGUCAGCCUGGAGAAACAGCACGGGAGCAACACCUUCACGGUGAAGGCCCAGCCCAGAAAGAAAACUAAACUGUUCUCGCGGCUGCGCAGAAAGAAGAACAGUGACAACGCCCCUGCAAAAGGGAACAAGAGCCCUUCGCCUCCGCCAGAUGGCUCCCCUGCUGCCACCCCUGAGAUUAGAGUCAACCAUGAGCCCGAGCCGGCCAGCGUGGCAACACCCGGGGCUGCCCUCCCCAAGUCCCCGUCUCAGCUCCGGAAAGGCCCACCAGUCCCUCCGCCUCCCAAACACACCCCGUCCAAGGAGGUCAAGCAGGAACAGAUCCUCAGCCUGUUUGACGACACGUUUGUCCCUGAGAUCAGCGUGACCACCCCCUCCCAGUUUGAGGCCCCGGGGCCUUUCUCGGAGCAGGCCAGUCUGCUGGACCUGGACUUUGACCCUCUCCCACCUGUGGCAAGCCCCAUGAAGGUGCCCACGCCCUCUGGUCAGCCAAUUCCGUGGGACCUCUGGGAGCCCACAGAGAAUCCAGCUGGCAGCCUGCCUUCCAGGGAGCCCAGUGCUGCCGAGGGCACCUUUGCUGUGGCCUGGCCCAGCCCGACGGCCGAGCCAAGGCCUGUCCAACCAUCAGAGGCCACGGAGGUGGCGGGUGGGACCCAACCUGCGGCUGGAGCCCAGGAGCCUGGGGAGACGGCGGCAAGUGAAGCAGCUUCCAGCUCUCUGCCUGCCGUUGUGGUGGAGACCUUCUCUGCAACUGUGAACGGCACUGUGGAGGGUGGCAGCACGGCGGGGCGCUUGGACCUGCCCCCGGGCUUCAUGUUCAAGGUGCAGGCCCAGCAUGACUACACGGCCACCGACACAGACGAGCUGCAGCUCAAAGCUGGUGAUGUGGUGCUGGUGAUCCCCUUCCAGAACCCCGAGGAGCAGGAUGAAGGCUGGCUCAUGGGCGUGAAGGAGAGCGACUGGAACCAGCACAAGGAGCUGGAGAAAUGCCGGGGCGUCUUCCCCGAGAACUUCACCGAGCGAGUCCAGUGAGGGCAGUGGCUGCUGCAGCACUCUGGGCGUGUGAAGAACACUUUUUCCCGAAAAAUGUGUGUUUUUGUUUUUUCUGUUUUUGUUUUUAAACUUUUAAAAAGCAAAGGGAAAUUAAGAGGAGAGACCUAAGCCGAGAGGUGUUCUCCCAAAGGUUAGGUUGUUUUCCAAAGAGCCUGGUUUCGGCAAGUGCGGUGGAAUCACCAAGCUGCUGUGUCCCCUAGUUGAGUUCCCGGCCGCCCCU